UAAGGCAGGCUGGUGUGAAGCCCAUUUGCAGCAUGGCGCGUGUCAUCACGUGGUCUCUCCAUCGUCAAGCCAAAGCAACACUCUUCGAACUGAUAUAGGGCCUUGGAUAUCUUUAUCGGAUCGACAAUCCAGCAAUGUUGAAGCACAGCAAUAAAUCAUUGAAGCCAUGGCACAGAUCGCAUAAAUGUCCUGUGCCGGUUCUGAUUGUACUUCUGAUUCUAAUAAUUGUAGUUUUAAUGUUGUUAUUUCACGACAAUGGAAAACAGCCCAGUUCUUCAAUUGGAGUUGUGACACAAAGCAGUGAUCCUCUGGUCCAAUUCCACCCCACCAUAGAGUUCAGGAAUGGAACAGAUGUUAUAUGGCAAAUACCCGAUUCACCUAAGGCUGUUCUCUUUCUGGCCCAUGGGUGUAAUGGCCAAGCUGUUAACUUUUGGGACAGAUCCCCCAGCUGUCUGGAUUGUGUUGGUCUUCCUGAAGAAAGGUUAAUAGUUCUUCACUCUCUCAAUCGAAAAUUUGCUGUUCUUACCAUUUCAAGUGCUGGGAGAUGCUGGUCAUUUGGGGAGGAAAUUUUAAUUGUUAAAGGAAUCAUCCAAUGGUGGAUUGAGAAAAACAAGCUUGAAAAGCUUCCUCUUGUGGCUUUGGGGGCCUCCUCUGGUGGGUACUUUGUUUCUGUGCUUGCCACUAAUUUGAGAUUUAGUAGUAUUACACUGAUGAUUGCUGAAGGGCUGUUAGGUAAAAUGGAUAUUACAAAGGAUUAUCCACCCACCCUUUUUGUUCACAUGCCCAAAGAUCAAGCUAGGAAACAGAGAAUAGCUGAAAAUAUGAAGAUUUUGAGGAAUAAAGGCAUUGAUGUUGCAGAGGUUAAAUGCAUGGAAUUCCCCCUGUCGCCAUACUUUUUGGCUGGCAGAAUCCCAGGUGUUGAUAAGAACAGUUCUGCCAAGUUGUUUGGGCUCUUGCGUGACAAGGGCUUUAUCAAUGUGAAUGGAUAUAUGAGGAACGAUGGGCGUGCAACAAAUUGGAAAAAAAUUCUCAGUGAGAGUAAGAUUAUUUUUCCAGAUUGGGAUAUAUUUGUCCACCACAUUCAGGAAGAACUGAAUCUGGCAUUUGCAUAUCAUGAAAUGACAAGCUUGCAUUCAGAGCAGAUUUUUAACUGGUUUGAAUCUCAUAUGACUUGACCAGGACUCUCUCAUGUCACAUUCUUCCUUUUUGGCCUUGGAAGAACACUAUGAGCUGUAUGCCUUCCAGAAAGUCCAUGAAAUCUAAAAAGUAAAAUGUACAACUUAUUACCAGUGUUUACCCAAAAAACACUUAAAUUGGGAGCAGAUUUAGAAAAUUUGCCUGUCAAAACCAUUCUCAUGAACAAACAGAUCUGCAGUGUCACAGGAAGAAAAUGUAUUGUGAUCAUCACAUAAGGUAAGCUGAACUACAAGUUCUUUAUUGAUUGGAAAAGUAAAUGUAUUGCAUGAACCUUCGAUUUCAAGUACACUUGGGUAUCCAUGGAAAUGAAAACAAUAGUAAUUAAUGAAAUUGUACUUGGAUCUCUUUUGUCAUACUUA